CCGUCCUCCCAAGUAUAAAACCUGAAAAAUACCUGUCCUCCCAAAUAAAAAACCUGAAAAAUACUUGGCCCGUUGUCCCAGAGUCAGCAAACCAUGACACAUAUCUUCGACCUGACUCCUAAUUUAAUCACUAGAAGUCUCUGUAGUUGCCGUGCUGCAGAUUAUUCUUUCAGUGAUUAGGAAAGAUAUUAUAGUUUUAAGUGAUGUUUAAUCCAUUUAUUGAGAGUUUGGUCAGCAGUUUGAUCAAUCUGUAGCCUUUUAGCAAAACACUCAAAUUACCAUGGCUUUUGCUCUGCUAUAUCUUCUUUGCUUCUUCCUUUCCAUGAUUCUCCCAUGUUCCAUCCUAGCUCAAUCUUCUGGAAACAUUUCUUUAGCCUCAUCUCUCACUGCACUAAAUGAUGAUAACUCGUCAUCAUGGACAUCACCUUCUGGUGACUUUGCCUUCGGUUUUCGAAGAAUUGGAAAAUAUGGGUUCCUACUAGCCAUCUGGUUCAAUAAGAUACCAGAGAAAACUGUUGUCUGGUCAGCCAAUGGGGACAAUCUUGUGCAGCAAGGAUCCCAAUGUGUACUUACAAGUGAAGGCCAGCUUAUGCUCAAUGACGCAACGGGCCAGCAAAUAUGGUAUGCUAAUUCUGCUAACGCAGAAGUGUUUUAUGCAGCCAUACUUGACAGUGGAAAUUUUGUUCUGGCCAACCGAAUGUCAAUUAAUUUGUGGGAGAGUUUUGAUGAACCAACUGAUACAAUCCUACCCACACAGACUCUAAGUCAAAACAGCAUGCUCUUUGCUCGCUACACGGCAACAAAUUACUCACGGGGAAGAUUCAUGUUUACGCUUCAAUCUGACGGAAAUCUCUUGCUUUACACAACGAGAUUCCCACUGGAGACAAAGAAUUAUGCUUACAGUGCAACCAUGACUAUGUAUACCGGCUUUCAGGUCAUCUUCAAUCAGUCCGGCUCUAUUUACCUUACUGCACAGAAUGGAAGCAUACUGAAAAUGAUAUCAUCCAACACAGUUUCGAUGCAAAAUUUCUACCAGAAAGCAACUGUGGAGCAUGAUGGAGUUUUGAGGCACUCUGUUCACCCCAAAACCGCUGCAUCAAGUGCUGGAAAACCCAUGGCUUGGUCCCCUUUGAUCUCCGAACCUUCGAAUAUUUGCUCAAGAAUUGUAGGAGCCAUAGGUAGUGGUGCAUGUGGAUACAACAGCUUAUGCAGUUAUGAUGAUAAAGGACCAACCUGCCAAUGUCCUUAUGGCUACACAUUUAUUGAUCCCAAUGAUGUCUUGAAAGGAUGCAAGCAAAACUUUGUUUCACAAAGUUGUGAUGAGGCCUUGCCGGAGACAGAGGAUUUUUAUUUUCACGAGAUGCAAAACGCAGAGUGGUUUGACGGUGAUUAUGAGCAGUUUACAUCGGUACCUGAGGAUUGGUGCAGACAGAAUUGCUUAGCUGAUUGUUUUUGUGUCGUUGCCAUUUUCAAGGAAGGAGAGUGUGUGAAGAAAAGAAUUCCUCUUUCGAAUGGGAGGAUGGACACAAGUAUUGGUGGAACAGCUCUCAUCAAAGUAAGGAAAGGCAACUUUACUUUGAAACCUGAAGGUCCAAAUACGAAAAAGAAAGAUUACUCAACCUUGAUCCUCAUCGGAUCAGUGCUCCUGAGUAGCUCGGGAUUUCUGAACUUGAUUUUGCUAUUAACAACCUAUUUGGUUGUUUCUCAUAUUUCUUACAGAAAAGCAAGGGUGAUUCAACCUCACUCAGUCAUGCCAGGUAUGAAUAUGAAAUGUUUCACUUAUGAGGAGCUAAACGAAGCUACUAAUGGAUUCAAGGAAGAACUAGGUCAGGGUUCUUUUGCUACAGUUUUUAAAGGAGUUUUAGGAUUUGAUAAUGGGAAAUCUGUUGCUGUCAAAAGAUUGGACACUAUGGUUGGAGAAAAUGAGCCGGAAUUCAAAGCUGAAGUGAGCGCAAUUGGUAGAACAAACCACAGAAAUUUAGUCCAACUGCUUGGGUUCUGCAAUGAAGGGGAGCACCGAAUUCUUGUCUACGAGUUUAUGAGUAAUGGUUCACUAGCAAGCUUCCUCUUUGGAGAGUCAAGGCUGAAAUGGUACCAGCGACAGAAAAUUGCCUUGGGUACUGCAAGAGGGCUGUUGUAUUUGCAUGAGGAGUGUAACAGCCAAAUCAUACAUUGUGACAUUAAGCCUCAAAACAUUCUUCUAGACGAUUCUUUCACUGCAAAAAUUUCUGACUUUGGAUUGGCCAAGCUUUUGGGAACGGACCAAACUCGAACUACUACUCGAAUCAGGGGAACCAAAGGUUAUGUAGCCCCUGAAUGGUUCAAAAACAUGCCUAUCACAAUGAAGGUGGAUGUUUACAGCUAUGGCAUUUUGUUACUAGAAAUUAUUUGUUGCAGGAAGAAUUUUGAAGAGCAUGCGGAUGAUGUAGAUCAGCUGAUACUAGCUUAUUGGGCAUAUGAUUGCUAUAUGCAAAAGGAGCUGCAUUUGUUAUUGGAGAAGGACGAUGAAGCGAUGGAAGACGUCAAGAUGAUGGAGAAUUACGUGAUGAUUGCAAUGUGGUGCAUUCAGGAGGACCCAUCACUGAGACCGACGAUGAAGAAAGUCAUGCAGAUGCUUGAAGGAACUGUUGAAGUCUCAGUUCCACCGGAUCCAUCGUCAUUUAUGAGUGAAAUAGUUUAAGUGGUUGUUUCUUUAUUAUUUGAUCAUCGAAACUCAAAAUCUUGAACUUUGUAGUUCAUAGAUAGUCCUUUAUAAUUUUUUGUUGAAAGAAUAAUUGUACACGUUGAAGAAAGUUUUAUGUUCCAUCGUAUUUGCGCA